UUUAUAUACGUUACGAUGCGGAGAUUCGUAGUGGAAAGGUCUAAAAACUUGAUCGCUUCUCUCAGUCGACGCUCGUUUGCUUUUGAGCAGCGGUUCUCUUCAUAUUCUGAUUCCUCCUCCUCCUCUUCCUCCUCCUCCGUCAUGUCGUCGACUCAAUCCACUUCUCCGGUUACUCUUGAAAGUAUCAAUCCGAAGGUUCUAAAAUGUGAGUAUGCAGUCCGUGGAGCGAUUGUUACUCAUGCCCAGCAUUUGCAACAAGAAUUACAAACAAAGCCAGGUUCUCAUCCGUUUGAUGAGAUACUUUACUGCAACAUUGGGAACCCACAAUCUCUUGGUCAGCAGCCAAUUACCUUUUUCCGUGAGGUUCUUGCACUAUGUGAUCACCCAAACAUUUUGGACAGAAGUGAAACACAGGGCUUGUUCAGUGCGGAUGCCAUAGAGCGAGCUUGGAAGAUUCUAGACCAAAUUCCAGGAAGAGCAACAGGCGCAUAUAGCCACAGUCAGGGUAUCAAGGGCUUACGUGAUUCAAUUGCAGCUGGAAUUGCGGCUCGUGAUGGUUUUCCUGCUGAUCCAAAUGAUAUUUUCUUAACUGAUGGUGCAAGUCCUGGGGUAACUUUCAGAAUUUCUCCCUUCUUGUUUCCUACUAGUCCGAUCAUAGAUAGGUUGGAGGGAACUUCAAUUGAUAAUUUCUUGUUUUCUUCUCAGGUACAUACGAUGAUGCAGUUGCUGAUAAGGUCGGAGAAAGAUGGCAUUCUUUGCCCCAUCCCUCAGUACCCUCUGUACUCUGCUUCAAUUGCCCUUCAUGGUGGCACUCUUGUGCCAUACUAUCUUGAUGAAGCAACAGGUUGGGGUCUGGAGAUAUCAGAGCUUAAGCAACAAUUAGAAGAUGCCAAGUCCAAGGGUAUUACUGUUAGGUCAUUAGUGGUGAUAAAUCCAGGCAACCCAACUGGGCAGGUUCUUGCCGAGGACAAUCAGCGGGAAAUUGUGGAAUUCUGCAAGAAAGAAGGUCUUGUUCUCCUUGCAGAUGAGGUAUACCAAGAAAUUGUUUAUGUUGCAGACAAGAACUUUCACUCAUUCAAGAAGAUUUCUAGGUCAAUGGGGUACGGUGAGGAGGAUGUCUCUUUAGUAUCAUUCCAUUCAAUUUCUAAAGGAUAUUAUGGGGAGUGUGGUAAAAGAGGAGGUUACAUGGAGGUUACUGGUUUUCGAGCUGAUGUAAGGGAACAGAUUUACAAAUUGGCAUCUGUAAACCUCUGUUCAAACAUCUCUGGUCAGAUUCUUGCAAGCCUUGUCAUGAACCCUCCAAAGGUUGGAGACGAGUCAUUUGAAUCUUUUGCUGCUGAGAAAGAUGGAAUUCUCGCAUCAUUAGCAAGACGUGCAAAGACUCUAGAAGAUGCUUUCAACAGCUUAGAAGGUGUUACGUGCAACAAAACCGAGGGUGCAAUGUAUCUAUUUCCCCGUCUGCAUUUGCCUCGAAAAGCAAUAGAAGCUGCUAAAGCAGCAAAAACAGCUCCCGAUGCAUUCUAUGUUCGCCGUCUCCUUGAUGCUACUGGAAUUGUUCUUGUUCCUGGAUCUGGCUUUGGGCAGGUUCCUGGUACAUGGCACUUUAGGUGCACAGUUCUGCCACCGGAAGAUAAGAUUCCAGCAGUUGUUUCCCGUUUGACAGCCUUCCACCAAGGGUUCAUGGCAGAGUUCCGUGACUGAGUUGACUCCUCUGUGCCUAUUAUCUAGUCUUCCGAA